UAAUAGGAAAAUCCAGAAUCAUUGUCACAGCUAGGCAAAUGGUCAAAACACAUGAAAACAGUCCAUAAAACAUGAAAACAAAGAGAGCAAGAGUGCUCAGACGUACAACUUAACAAUAACAAAACCUUUAUGAAACUGACAGAAACAAACCAUAGGCAGAAUGACGUAAGUGAAGACAGCUGUGCGCAAUGAUCAGUGACGAGUCUGGAACAAAGGGUUAUGGGAGAUGGAGUCCGUGAGACAAUAGUCCGGGGUGGAGUGCCCUCCGGUGGCUAACGAGUGCACUCCAGCAGGUGAUCAUGACAGAUUUAAAUAAUCAAAUAAUAAAUAGGAAGAAAGACACGCUAAAUAGUUGAAAUGAUUUUGUCUUGCAUUUGAUCUCAAAUUAUGUCAUUUUAAAAAUGGGGAAUUUAGCGGAACUGAGUUAAUGCAGCCUCUUAUUUACAGCACAUGAGGUAGGCUAAACACAAAGCUGCUUGGUUUAUAUUCUAAUGUAAUUGUAUAUAAUAGGCUACAUAUUUUAAAAUUUUAUUGCACACCUGUUGCUGCCAGAACAACUGCCAUUCGUGCUUUAAACCAUUUUGGAUUCAGACGGCAAUAAAAUCACAAAUGGUGAAAAUACCUUACGCCCCCUGAGAAACAGUUACUGUCCGAAUAGUUUUUAAUAAUUAGUUUAUCAUUGUUAAUCGUGUCCUCUCAGGUAGUUCCACGUGUUUAUCAGAUUGUUUGUCAUUUCCUACAUCAGAUCAACAAGCUUUAAAAUGUGUGUUUUUCCAGUGUAGCGAAUGAAGAGCUCUUCAAACCCGUGAAACAUCUGUCAGUCUGUGUGCUGCUCCACAAACCUUCUGCUUCGACUCGCUUUGACCUGCAGAACAAACACACAAACUACUGUCAGUAACUGCUGCCUGUCAAGAUUUCAUCAAACAAUGGGACAAAACAUCAGCUUCAACGGAACAACUGGAGUAAAUAAUGACACUGAAAGGAGGAUUCAUAUUCCAUUAUAUUUCCGGAUCCUUUCAGUCAUUGAGAUUCCAGUCAUGAUCUUAACUCUGGUGGCGUUGUGUGCUGUUAUCAAAUCUCAGCGCUCUGCUCCAGUUUUUGUUAUUCAUUUGAUUCUUUCAGAUUUCAUUCAAAUCAUUUGUAAGUUAAUGAUAACAAGCGAAUGGAUACGUGAAGUGGAUGCAAUCUUUCCCAUAUUGCCAGAUGCAUUUGAUUACAGUUUGAUUGCGGGUCUGUAUUUUAUGGCUUGUGUUGCUUUUGAACGAUAUCUUCUGGUUUCUCAUCCUAUCUGGUACAAAUCUCAUCAUUCACUAAAAGUCUCCUGUGUUGUUUCUGUGAUCGUCUGGUUUGUUCCUCUGAUCUUUACAUUCUCUAAGUAUUUUGACUCUCUGUCCGUACCGAUCGGCUGUUUGAUCCCCUACCCGAUAAUCAUUCUGUGUUUUGUUGGUACUCGUCGCGGUCUUUCACACGCAAUAUCUCUUACUUCGCUAAAGCGCAAAUUAAUUUUGGGCAGAUUGUUUCUGGUGCUGCUGACUUACACAUUUCUCAUUUUCCCCAUUGUAAUCAUGUGGUUUUUUUCACAGAUUUUUCCCCAGUUUAUGUUCAGUUCAUUUUCUGAUGUUCUCUAUUUUUUUAGUCACCUCAUGUUUCUGAACCCAAUCGCUGACUGUUUGCUGUACUUGUUCAUGAGGCCUGAUGCUGGUGAUUUAAUGAAGUCUGUUUGCUGCUGUUGUAGAACUGACACACAUCAGAAUUCGACACACAGUCGGGACGAACACUCUCGAGACAGUAGAGCCACGUUUGCCUGCUGUGUUUCAGUGCAAAAUCCUGCGUCUCAUUCACAGACCGCCUGCAGUUCAGUUUAAACAGAUGAAAUAGAGACAGAAUGUCAUUCUGUUCAUCACAAACACGCUUCCUUUCUGUGAAAUACAGCUUUAUUAGAGAAACUCUUGAUUCAGAAAGCUCAAAAUCA